AUGACCUCGGUAGCCCAUGGGCUCAGCCCAGAGAGUGGAAGUUUUCUCGAGGAGGUCAUUGAAACUUUCCAGAAUGCAGUAAGCAGAGAGAUGCUGCACGUCCUGCUGACUGACCAUGAAGCUUGGAAGAGAUUCAUGGCUAAGGCCACUUUGUCCAGGGAGGAGGUAGAAGCCCUAUGUGAAGGUCUGAACAAGCUGCAAAGAGCCAUGGAUCUGGAGGCCGACGAGCAGCUGGCUAGGGAGAGGUUUCUGCAUCAGUUUCCCCAGUUGAAAGUGGAGCUUGAAGAGCGCCUAAGAAAGCUCCAAGAGCUCGCAGAUGAGGUGGACAGGAUACCCAGUGGCUGCACCAUCGCCAACGUAGUAGCCGGCUCCACUAGUGUUGUGUCUGGCCUCCUGAGCAUCCUUGGUCUGGGUCUGGCUCCUGUGACAGCAGGGGCCAGUCUGGCACUCUUGGCAACUGGAAGGGGGCUGGGAGCAGCAGCCACUGUGACCCAGGUGUCUACCAGCAUCGUGGAAGAUUCAAGCGAGUUGUCCGCAAAAACUCAAGCCAACCUGACAUCAACUGAUUUUGACAAAGGGCAGGUCGUUGAAAUGGUUCUGCAUGACCGCAUGCCCCAGAUUUGUUCCUUAACAGGUAAAUGCUUUAGAGCCCUAUAGAACAUUGCAAAGAAUGUUCAUGCCAUCAAGCUAGCCAAAGUCAAACGUCGCCUUCUAGUCAGUGCCAGGUGCCUCAUGACAGCUCAGAGAAUCUCAGUUCUAGGGGGCCGGCAGGUGCAGAAAGCUUUUGGAGGCCCUGCUCUGGCAAUGACCAAAGGAGCCCGGAUCAUAGGUGCGGCCACCGCUGGUCUCUCCCUUGCAAUGGAUGUGGUCAACCUCGUGAAAGACUCAGAGCACUUGAAAAAAGAAGCAAAGGCAGAGUCAGCUGAAGACAUGAGGCGGCGGGCCCGGGAGUUGGAGAGCAAGCUGGAGAAGCUCAGCGAGAUCUGUGAAAUUCUGAAGGAGGGCCCGACUCCGUGAUCCCCGAGCAGGGCGGGGAGCAGGGACAUGUGUGGGACAAAGACAUGGAGGUGCCUUAUUAGAGGGGGAAAAAGUGCCAAAUAAAGCUUUUGUGUUGGGGGUUGAGGAGUUUGGCAUUUCUGAAGCUGAGCCCAGUGAGGGAGGGGUUCAUGCAGGGAGCGCAGGGGGAGUCAAAGAGGGGAAGGAACAAGGUACCGGGAGUAUGGAAAUUGGGGACAGACAGGGGAUGGGACUAAAGGGGACGCAGGGGACGUAGAUCAAGAGAGUGUGGAGGAACA